UGUUUCUCUUGUUUUUUUUCACAUUCUGGCACUGAAACUGCCGACCGAGUGAGCUGUCCUGUAAGAACUGGGCACAAAAUGCAUGAUAGCAAUCGACUGGAGAAAAAUUUUAUAACAGUUGACUUGCUGGCAACCUCAAAUUACCAGCAUCCAAGGAAGCAUUCUAUUACUGCUACCCCGAAUCAAGUCUUGGUUUUAUCCACAGUCAUAUGUCUGAUAUUUAUAUUGCUUGGUAUAAUUAUGAGUUUGUUAGUAACUGGAAGAAAAUUGCAUCAGAUAUCAUCAGAGUGUUUUGAAGCUGCAUGCCCAGAAACCUGGAUUGGUUUCCAAAGAAAGUGUUUCUAUUUUUCUGAUGACAUCAAGAAUUGGACAUUCAGCCAGAGGUUUUGUGAUUCACAUGGUGCUGAUCUUGUUCAGGUUGAAACCAUCCAGGAACUGAAUUUCCUAUUGAGGUAUAAAGGCCCUUAUGACCACUGGAUUGGUCUCAGCAGAGAACAAGGCCAACCAUGGAAAUGGAUAAAUGGCACUGAAUGGACCAGCUGUUUUCCUAUCAGAGGAGGAGGAGAAUGUGCCUAUUUGAAUGACAAAGGUGCCAGUAGCGCGAGGCAUUACACGGAGAGGAAGUGGAUCUGUUCCAAACCAGACACAUAUGCCCAUACGCAGAGACAAAGCUCUAUCUGAUCUUCAUAUACUCAUUGUGACCAUAUCAGUAAAUUAUUAUUUUUCAUCUUGUUUAUUAGAAACUGUAUUUUUUUUUUAAAGAUUUUUUAUUUAUUUGAGAGAGAGAGAAUGAGAGAGAGCGAGUACAUGAGAGGGGGGAGGGUCAGAGGGAGAAGCAGACUCCCUGCUGAGCAGGGAGCCCGAUGCUGGACUCGAUCCUGGGACUCCAGGAUCACGACCUGAGCCGAAGGCUGUCGCUUAACCAACUGAGCCACCCAGGCGCCCGAAACUGUAUUUUUUUAUUCUGAGUUUUUUUAUGUGGUGAUCUGUGGGUUCAAGCCCCACUUUGGGUUCCCUCCCUGCACUGGGAUCCCUGCUCCGUGGGAAGCCUGCUUCUCCCUCUCCCACUGCCCCCUGCUCUCACUAUCUCUCUCUCUGUCAAAUGAAUAAAUAAAAUCUUUAAAAAUAAAAUAAGACAUGAAUAUAACCUGACGUUCUUUGUAUAUAGUUGGCGUUUUGUUAUAAAUUUUAUAAAUUUUCUCUCAAAACCCUGUGCAGGACAAAAAGCUUUCAUUCUAGAAUUACUUAUUGAAAGAGUAGAAGCAGUUUUCUUUCUAUUUAACUUCUUAGUCUUAUUACACUCUCAGAACAUUCUCUAAUGUUACUAAUAUUAUACUAUGUGUUAACUAACUAGAAUUUAAAUAAAAACUUGAAGCAAACAAACAAAAGAGGUUAAAAAAAUGAUGUGUACUCUUCACCUAUUUCACCCAUCCCCCCUACCCACCUCCCCUGUGGUAACCAUCAGUUCGUUCUCUAUAGUUAAGAGUCGGUUUGUCUCUCUCUUUUUUUCCUUUGCUCAUUUGUUUUGUUUCUUAAAUUCUACAUAUGAGUGAAAUCAUAUGGUAUUUGUCUUUUUCUGACAUAUUUUGCUUACAUUAUACUCUGUAGCUUCAUCCAUGUUGUUGCAAAUGGCAAGAUUUCAUUUUUUAUGGCUGAAUAAUAUUCCAUUGUAGAUACCACAUCUUUGUUUGUUUCAAGUUUUUAUUUAAAUUCUAGUUAGUUAACAUAUAGUAUAAUAUUGGUUUCAGGAGUAGAAUUCAAUGAUUCAUCAUUUACAUAUAACACCCAAUCCUCAUCACAAGUGCUCUCCUUAAUACUCAUCACCCGUUUACUCCAUCCCCUGCCCACCUCCCCUCCAGCAACCUUCAGUUUCUUCUCCAUAGUUAAGAGUCUCUUAUGGUUUGCCUCCCUUUUUUCUUUCUUCCCUUAUGUUCAUCUGUUUUGUUUCUUAAAAGCCACAUAUGAGUAAAAUCAUACGGUAUUUGUCUUUUUCUGGAUGACUUAUUUCCCUUAGCAUAAUACCUCUAGCUCCAUCCAUGUCAUUGCAAAUGGCAAGAUAUUCUUUUCAAUGGCUGGAAUGAUAUAUAUAUAUAUCUCUCUAUCUCUCUCUCUCUAUAUAUAUAUCUAUAUAUAUCUAUAUCUAUAUCUGUAUAUCACAUCUUCUUUAUCCAUUACACACACACACACACACACACACCACAUUUUCUUUAUCCAUUCAUCAGUCAAUGGACAUUUGGGCUCUUUCCAUAAUUUGGCUAUUGUUGAUAAUGCUGAUAUAAACAUUGGAGUGCAUGUACCCCUUUGAAUCUGUAUUUUAUAUCCUUUGGGUAAAUACCUAGUAGUACAAUUGCUGGAUCCUAGUGUAGUUCUAUUUUUAACUUUCUGAGGAACCUCCAUACUGUUUUCCAGAGUGCCUGCACCAGUUGGCAUUCCCAUCAACACAUCCUCUCCAACAUCUAUUGUUUCCUAUGUUGUUAAUUUUAGCCAUGCCAACUGGUGUGAGGUGGUAUCUCAUUGUGGUUUUGAUUUAUAUUUCCCUGAUAAUGAGUGAUCUUGAGCAUUUUUUCAUGUGUCCAUUAGCCAUUUAUAUGUCUUUUUUUGGAGAAAUGUUUGUCAUGUUUUUUACCCAUUUCUUGACUGGACUUUUUGGGUUUUUUGGGUGUUGAGUUUGAUAAGUCCUUUUUUUAAAAAAAGAUUUUAUUUAUUUGAGAGAGAGAGAGAGAGCAAGAGAGAGCAUUAGUGGGGGGAGGAGCAGAGGAAGAGGGAGAAGCAGGCUCCUCACUGAGCAGGGAGCACAACACAAGGCUCAAUUCCAGAACCCUGGGAUCAUGACCUGAGCUGAAUGUAGAUGUUUAACCAACUGAGCCACCCAGGCUCCCUGAAUUUGAUAAGUUCUUUAUAGAUUUUGGUACUACCCCUUUAUCUGAUAUGUCAUUUGUAAAUAUCUUCUCCCACUCCCUCAGUUGCCUUUUAGUUUUGUUGACUGUUUCCUUUGCUGUGCAGAAGGUUUUUUUCUUGAUGAAGUCCCAAUAGUUCAUUUUUGCUUUUGUUUCCCUUGCCUUUGGAGAUGUGUCUAGCAAGAAGUUGCUGCACUGAGGUCAAAGAAGUUGCUGCCUGUGUUCUCCUCUAGGAUUUUGAUGGAUUCCUGUCUCACAUUUAGGUCUUUACCUAUUUUGAAUUGUUUUUUGUGUAUGGCAUAAGAAAGUAAGGUCCAGUUUAAUUCUUCUGCAUGUUGCCAUCCAGUUUUUCCAACACCAUUUGUUGAAGAGACUGUCUUUUAUCCAUAGGAUAUUCUUUCCUGCUUUGUCAAAAAUUAGUUGACCAUAUAGUUGUGGGUUCAUUUCUGGGUUUUCUAUUCCAUUGAUCUAUGUGUCUGUUUUUGUGCCAGUACCUUACUGUCUUGAUAACUACAGCAUUAUAAUAUAGCUUGAAGUCCAGAAUUGUGAUGCCUACAGUUUUGCUUUUCUUUUUCAAGAUUGCUUUGGGUAUUUGGGGUCUUUUGUAGUUCCAUAUAAGAUUUAGGAUGGUUUGUUCUAGUUCUGUGAAAAAUGCUGGUGGUAUUUUGAUAGGGAUUGCAUUAAAUGUGUUGAUUACUUUGGGUAGUAUAGACGUUUUAACAAUAUUUGUUUUUCCAAUCUAUUAGCAUGGAAUGUUUUUCCCUUUCUUUGUGUGCUCUUCAAUUUCUUUCUUAAGUGUUCUAUAGUUUUCAGAGUACAGAUCUUUUACCUCUUUGGUUAGGCUUAUUCCUAGGCUAGCCAUCUUAUUGUUUUUAGUGCAGUUGCAAAUGGUUGAUUCCUUGGUUUCUUUUUCUGCUGCUUCAUUAUUGGUGUAUAGAAAUGCAACAGAUUUCUGUACAUUGAUUUUGUAUCCUGCAAUUUUAUUGAACAUUUUUUUUUAUCAGUUCUAGCAGUUUUUUGGAGAGAUUUUUUGGGUUUUCUACAUAGAGUAUCAUGUUGUCUGCAAAUAGUGAAAGUUUGACUUCUUCCUUACUGAUUUGGAUGCCUUUUAUUUCUGUUUGUUAUCUGAUUAUACCACGUCUUUUUUUAUCCAUUCAUCUAUCAAUGGACACUUGAGCUGUUUCUAUAGUUUGGCUAUUAUAAAUUAUACUUUUCAUUAAAGUUUAAAGAAAAAAUUAGGGACACUUGGGUGGCUCAGUUGGUUAAGCAUCUGCCUUUGACUCAGGUUGUGAUCUCAGGGUCCUGGGAUUUAGCCCUGCAUCUGGCUCUCUACUUAGUGGGGAGUCUGAUUCUUCCUCUCAGUCUCCCUCUGUGUUCUCUCUUUCUAUCUCAAAUAAAUAAAUAAAAUCUUAAAAAAGAA